GUUGGUGUUGGCUUUAGAGUGUACCGACUGUGCUGAAUCGUCAGAACCGUGUCAUUAAACUUGUGUCUGAUCUAGACAAGAGAAGUUAAACAUUGUAUUCACGCCAUUCCUUAUAAUAUUUUAUUCUAUUGAGUAUUAAAGAACUACGAUGGGUGAUCAAAAAAGUGAUGAUCUGGCAACUGCAAUUUUGCGUAAGAAGGAUAAGCCUAAUAGGCUACUGGUCGAAGAAGCAGUAAGCGAUGAUAAUUCAGUGGUCGCUCUAUCUGAAGCUAAAAUGUGUGAACUUCAAUUGUUUCGCGGUGACACGGUAUUACUCAAAGGAAAACGACGCAAGGAAACAGUUUGCAUCGUAUUAUCUGAUGAAACUUGUCCUAAUGAAAAAAUCCGCAUGAACAGAGUUGUAAGAAAUAAUUUACGUGUUCGUUUGAGCGAUGUUGUAUCAAUACAACCUUGCCCAAGUGUCAAAUACGGAAAAAGAAUUCAUGUUUUGCCUAUGGAUGAUACCGUCGAAGGAUUGACUGGAAAUUUGUUUGAAGUUUACUUGAAACCGUACUUCUUGGAAGCAUAUCGUCCAGUUUACAAGGAUGAUAACUUUAUCGUUCGAGGAGGAAUGCGUGCUGUUGAAUUCAAAGUUGUUGAGACUGAUCCUAGUCCCUAUUGCAUAGUUGCUCCUGAUACUGUUAUUCACUGUGAGGGAGAUCCAAUUAAGCGAGAAGAAGAAGAAGAAGCAUUAAAUGCAGUUGGAUAUGAUGAUAUUGGUGGUGUACGCAAGCAGCUUGCUCAAAUAAAAGAAAUGGUUGAGCUACCGUUGCGUCAUCCUUCAUUGUUUAAAGCUAUUGGAGUAAAACCACCGCGUGGUAUUUUAUUGUAUGGUCCACCUGGUACUGGAAAGACUCUCAUCGCUCGUGCAGUAGCUAAUGAAACUGGAGCAUUCUUUUUCCUUAUUAAUGGUCCCGAAAUUAUGAGUAAACUUGCUGGAGAAUCUGAGAGUAACCUACGUAAAGCAUUCGAAGAAGCAGAAAAAAACUCACCAGCUAUCAUUUUCAUCGAUGAAUUGGAUGCUAUCGCACCAAAACGUGAAAAAACUCAUGGAGAAGUUGAAAGACGAAUUGUUUCACAAUUGCUAACGUUGAUGGAUGGUAUGAAACAGAGUUCUCAUGUAAUUGUUAUGGCUGCGACUAACAGACCAAAUAGUAUUGAUGGAGCUUUACGUCGUUUUGGUCGUUUCGACAGAGAAAUUGAUAUUGGUAUUCCUGACGCUACUGGACGUUUAGAAAUUUUGCGUAUCCAUACUAAAAAUAUGAGACUUGCUGACGAUGUUGAAUUGGAACAAAUCGCUGCUGAGACCCAUGGACAUGUUGGUGCCGAUUUGGCUUCAUUGUGUUCUGAAGCAGCAUUGCAACAAAUUCGUGAAAAAAUGGAUUUGAUUGACUUGGAAGAUGACCAGAUUGACGCUGAGGUUCUGGCGUCACUUGCUGUGACAAUGGAUAACUUCAAAUACGCAAUGACUAAGAGUAGUCCAAGUGCUUUACGUGAAACAAUUGUUGAAGUACCUACUGUUACAUGGGAUGAUGUCGGAGGACUCCAAAAUGUUAAGAAAGAAUUGCAAGAACUUGUUCAAUAUCCUGUUGAACAUCCUGAUAAAUUUUUGAAAUUUGGUAUGCAACCAUCAAGAGGUGUUUUGUUCUAUGGUCCACCUGGAUGUGGUAAAACUUUAUUAGCUAAAGCGAUUGCAAACGAAUGCCAAGCUAACUUCAUUUCUGUCAAGGGACCAGAAUUGUUAACUAUGUGGUUCGGUGAAUCUGAAGCCAAUGUAAGAGAUGUUUUCGAUAAAGCCAGAUCAGCUGCACCAUGUGUUCUGUUUUUCGAUGAAUUAGAUUCAAUUGCUAAAUCCCGUGGUGGUUCGGUCGGUGAUGGAGGCGGUUCUGCUGAUCGUGUUAUUAAUCAAAUUUUAACUGAAAUGGAUGGUAUGGGCGCUAAGAAAAAUGUAUUUAUUAUUGGUGCUACAAAUCGUCCAGACAUCAUUGAUCCUGCUAUUCUUCGUCCGGGACGUCUCGAUCAACUGAUUUAUAUUCCGCUGCCAGACGAGAAAUCACGAGAAGCAAUCUUCAGAGCUAAUCUACGAAAGUCUCCUGUAGCUAAGGAUGUUGAUUUAACAUACAUUGCUAAAGUAACCCACGGUUUUUCUGGCGCUGAUUUGACUGAAAUCUGUCAACGUGCAUGCAAAUUAGCUAUUAGGCAGUGCAUUGAAGCUGAUGUACGUAGAGAAAGAGAACGAAUGAAUAACCCUUCAGUUUCGAUGGAUAUGGAUGAAGAUGAUCCAGUACCAGAAAUAACACGAGCUCAUUUUGAAGAAGCGAUGAGGUUCGCUCGUCGUUCAGUAUCUGACAACGAUAUUCGUAAAUACGAAAUGUUUGCACAAACAUUACAACAAUCACGAGGUUUUGGGACUAACUUUAGAUUCCCUCAGAAUGCUGCGGGAGGUACUCAAGAUACCACUCAAGGAGAUCAAACUUUCCAAGAUGAUGGUGAUGAUGAUCUUUAUAGUUAAGUCCUUGUAUCUUUAUAUUUCAUUACAGUGAGUGCACUACGAAAGGGCCUGUCUAAGUGAUUCUUUUUUAUGUAAUCAUUUCAAAAAAAAAUUUUAAUAAUUGAAAUAAAUAUAAAUAAAAUAAUUGAUCAUCCUUUUA